AUGUCUGAAGUAAUAACUCAAAAUUCAAAUAUUUAUCAAACUUCAAAUAUACCAACUCCAAAUUCAAAUAAUAAUUCAAAUUUUGAUUCAUCAAUAAGAACAAGAGAGAUUUGUAAAAAAUGUAAUCAAUUAAUUAUUGAAGGUCAUGCUUAUGAAUUAGGAGAAGAUAGAUGGCAUAUUGAUUGUUUUAAUUGUUCAAAAUGUAAUACAUCAUUAGGUUGUAAUUCAAAUUUCUUGGUUUUAGGAAAUGGAAAUUUGAUUUGUUCAAAUUGUUCAUAUAAUUGUAAACAAUGUAAUAGAAAAAUUGAUGAUUUAGCUAUUUUAACUGGUGAUCAAGCUUAUUGUUCAAAUUGUUUUAAAUGUAGAUCAUGUAAGAAUAAAAUUGAAGAUUUAAGAUAUGCAAGAACUUCAAAAGGUUUAUUUUGUAUGGAUUGUCAUGAAAAAUUAAUGGCUAAAAAGAAGAAAUAUGAUGCUAAAAAGAAACAUUUAGCUUUAUUACAACAAAAACAAGCUCAAUUAGAGAAAGAAAAAGAAUUGAGGGAGCAACAGCAACAACAACAACAAUUACAACAACAACAAAAGAAAAGAGAAGACGAUCAAAAUAGAAAAAACUUACAAUCAGCUAAUAGUUCAAGAAAUAGUUUAAUUCAAUCUUAUAUGACAAAUCACCAAAGUAAUUCGACAUCAAGUUUUUAUGAUCAACAACAAAAUAAUUCAUCAAAUUCAUUAACUUCACAUAAAAAUAAAAAUUUACCACUACCACCUUCAACUACAACUACAACUACAACUUCAGCAACAACAUCAAACACUCAAACCACAUCAAAUGUCAAUAGAAAUGGAGCGAGAUCUCAAGAGACUUUACUUUCAAAACCAACAUCAAGUAGGAAAGCAUCACCGGCUUCACAUUACACUGAUUCAACAAUUGAUAACUUAUCAAGUAAACCUAGUUCUUCAUCAAUAUUACACGUUGAUAAUGAUUUUUCAAUCGAAGAAGUACAAAAUAGUUCAGAUUCCGAUUCUAAUGAAAAUGACACAAUUAAAAAAGAAACAACUUUAAGAAAUAAAUCUUCAAGAUCAAAAGUUAAUAAUGGAUUUCUUACACCAAAAGUUGAUGAUGUAGUGAAAACACCUGGACUGGAUGAUAUCAAUGAUGAUAGAACAAUAAGUGCAAAUUCACCAUAUAGAUAUGACAAUAGUAAUGAAUUAAAACCCCCAAUUGAUGUUACACCAAAAGAACAAAUUGAUCAACUACAACAAAAACAUUUAGAAAGCAACGAAUCCAAGAAUAAUAAAAAUUAUUUUAUAUUAUCACCUAAUAAUUUCCAUGAUAAUGAAUUUCAUAAUGCAAAUAUUCGCUCACCAAUGGUUGAUUCUCCAGGAACACUUCUUAGUAGAAGUUCAAGUCACAGUACCGAUAGAUUGAAGCCACAAACAUUAACUAUUGAAGAACAUCCAAGAUCGAAUUGUUCAUCACCAUUUGCUAAAGCUAAUAGACAAGCAAGAGUAGUAGAAACUAAUGAUGAAAUUUUAACAGAUGAAUUAAGCGAUGAUUUAAUACAAACAGUAAGUACUCCUCAACAACAGUCUAAAUCAAGAGAAAAUACUGGAAUGACAUUAUCAUCACCACCUCCAAAAUUACCAUUACCAAGUACUCCAACAAAAAGAAAAGAGCCUAGUAUUACACCAAAAAAAUUCAAAUUUGAUGAAUCAAUACCGCAUGGUUUGGGUUUGGAAGGUAUAAAUUAUGAGGAAAACGUUAAACAAAAUAUUCUUAGCAACAAUGAACCAUUUAUAGAUGAUGAACCACCAAUGAAGUCUCCAAUGAGAGCUAUAGGACAUCAUACACCUGCUGUAACUAAUCUAGAGGAGGACUACAAAGACCAACAACCAUCAAAUUUACAACAACAACAACAACAGCAACAGCAACAACAAGUUUCUUCAGGUUCAAUAUCUCGUACUGCUUCUGUUUUAAGAAGUUUAACACACAAGAGAUCAACCUCUGGUGGUAGUCAAUCUAAAUUUACAUUUUUCAAAUCACCAAGGGAAGACAUUAAUGCAGCAAGAGGUCAUACUCGUCAUAUUUCUGAUGGCUCAAUAGCUAAUGGAUCAAUUCAUAAUAAUGUCAAUAAUGGUAAUGGUCAAAAUUAUUACAACUCACAACAUCAACCAUAUUCACCAAAUCAUAUAAGACUGACAUCAGAUUCAACAAUGAUGCUUUUUGAAAAUCCUAAUGACUCACAUGAUCUAAAAGCAAUUAGACUUGAAGUAUCACAAUUACAUAGUGAAAAAUAUUUGAUUGAUCAAGAUCUCAAAAAAUUAAAACAUGAUAAAUUAAAAUUAUCCGAUCAAUUGAAAAAUAUACAAUCAAAAUUAACAUCAGAACUGAUCAAAUAUGAUAAUUUAAUAUCAGAAAUUAAAGAAUUAGAAAAUAAAAAAUUGAAUCUUAUAUUAGAAAACAAUUUAUUAACUGAACAAAAUAAGCAAUAUGAAGCAUCAAGAUUGAAUCGAUCAUCAAGCAAUGAAAUUGAUUCUUUUAAUCAUGACGUUACAACAGUUACGAAUGCAAGUAGUUUCAGUACUUCAUCACCGAUGAAAGAUCCUGACCAUUCUCAUUAUCAUCAACAACAACAACAUUCAAACCACCAUCGACAAAUUUCUCAACAACAAUCACAAGAGGAUGAACAAACUCAUAAAGCAACAAGAUUGAAAUUUUGGAGAAGACCAAAGAUCGGAAUGCCACAAAUUGUACCAACAACUUCUAAUAAUGAAAAUAAUAAUAUAAAUCUAAAUCAAAAUUCAAGAAUACCUAACAGUUUUUCAUCCCAAGCAUUAAGAGUUCCUAAUAAUAAUAGUAAUAAUGGUUCAAAUAAUAAUAUGAAUAAUAAUGGUUAUAGCAAUGGCAAUGGUAAUGGUAAUGGUAAUGGAAAAUUCUCAAAAUCAAUAUCAUCUAACUUCUUAGAUACGUUUUUAAAUGGUAAUGGUGUCAAUGAUCAAAACUUGCAACAACAGCAACAGCAACAACAUCAACUAAAUAACACGUCAACUACGUCAACAACUAGCAAUAAUGGCUCUUCAUUAUUUCAAUCAACAUUAACUAAAAGAUCAGAAUUUGAAAAUAAUUCAAUACCAAUAAUAAUAACAAGAUGUAUAAAAGAAGUUGAAAAAAGAGGUUUAACUCAAGAAGGAAUAUAUAGAAUAUCAGGAGGUAAUUCAGCAAUUGUAAAUAUUGAAAAUUCAUUUGCUUCAUUAUAUAAAACAAAUCAUAAUGGGCCACACGGAGAAAUGGAUGAAAAAAAAUCACAUAAAUUAGAAGAAUUAAUAACAGAAGGUGAUAUUCAUUCAAUAACUUCUGCACUUAAGAGAUAUUUAAGAAAAUUACCAGAUCCAGUUAUACCUUAUAAUUUAUAUGAUGAAUUUAUAUCAAUAUCACAACAAAAAUCAAAAAUAUCCCGAUUAGAACAAAUUAAUUUAUUAAAAUCAUCAAUUAAUAAUUUACCACCAACAAACAAAAAAGUAUUAUUAACAAUAUGUAAACAUUUAAAUAAGAUCAAUGAAAAAAAUCAAGAAAAUAGAAUGAAUUUUAAAAAUUUAAGUGUUGUUUUUGCACCAACUUUAAUUAGAGAUGAAAUUGGUGAUAAAGAAAUGAUUGAUAUGGGUUUUAGAAAUGAUGUUGUUGAAUUAUUAUUUAAUGAAUCAAAUUCAAUUUUUUAA